UUUGGCGCCAAGAGAAGAAAGUAUUAGUUAUGAAGAAAUUCAACAUUAUUCUAUCUAACGGUACCGGAAUUUCCCCCGAUUCUGCCGGCGUACAAACCCCGCCGGUAUCUCUUCUCAACCUCACAUUACGGUUCCCCGCCGCCGCCGCUUCCGUUAUUCAGAUUCCAUUUCCUUCUCCAAAUUCCUCACAAUUUUGUCGAAUCGAAUUAACGGAGAAAAAGCCGUCCUGGAAGUCAAUUCGGCCGCCUUAGGAACGACUAUUCUGUCGUCAUCCUCAUCGGUGGUCUCAAACAUUUUAUCUUCGUAUUAGAAGAACUUAUGCUUUAGGAGCUUGCGAGGUAGAGCUUUGCAGAGGACAUCAGUUCUUUGUUCAACAGAGCUGGUGUCCUCAACAUAUAUCAAUCCCGUUAAAAGUUCAACAAGCUUACGGCUUGUAAAUGCCUGUGUUUUUCAAUUUAAAAGAGCAGGAAAGCGUCAAGUGUUUGUAAAAAGGGAAAGAAUGGGGCGGAACCGGUUACCGUUAAAGAGACUGACUAGUGCCAACCGCAGGAUAGCCUACUCGAGACGAAAGAAGGGUCUGAUGAAGAAAGCUAGAGAAUUGUCUGUCUUGUGUGAUGUUGAAGUGUUUCUUGUCACAUUUUCACCUGGUGGUAAACCUACUGUAUUCAUUACAGAAAAUAGUUCCAUUGAAGAUGUGAUUGAGAAGUUUGCACAACUGAAGCCAGAAGAAAGGGCAAAAAAGAAACUGGAGUGCCUUGAAGUGGUGAAGAAAGCUUGCAAAAAGUUUGAUCACCAUGUAGACAUUGGGGAACUUUUUUAUCCAGGGGAUCUUUCAGAUGAGGAUUUGACAUCUCUGGCUGAUUCGUUGAGAACUCGACUUUCUGACACCCAAAACAGACUCAGCCAUUGGAUGAACAUAGACAAGAUCAGUAAUACUGAUCAACUUGGGAAAAUGGAGGAAUCAUUAAUCAACUCACUCCAAGACAUUCAGAGACAUAAGAAUGGUCUUCUUGCUCAACAACUGAAAAGGCAAUGCAGUGAUGAGUUGCAACAUGUGACAGAUUUACCAAUUGGUAUGGUUACAAGUCAAGUGCUCCAGCCUUCUUCAUGGACACAAAAUGGUAUUAAUCCAAACAUCAACUUCGACAACGACCUAAAUUUAACCCAAGGCUAUCACAGAUGUAUUGUCUCCAGGCUUCCAGAGUGUUCAUCCGAGAGCUAUACAAAUCUUUUUUGCUUUGAUAAAGAAGUGGAGGUGACAAGACCCAGUGGAGAAGAUAGGACUAAUCCACUUCUGGACUAUGAACACAUGCAACAUUAUUUUCAGUUCCAAUCGGCCGAAGAAAAUGUGGUUAGUUGCUUCCAAUACCUGUCUCCAGAAACAACAGAAUUCCCUAGUUUUGAAGUUACAGACAAGAGUUUAGAAGAAGUUUUUGAAAAUAGUGGGAACCAUUUUUCCGAUGGAUUUCUUAGCAGCUUUGGAGUGGAUUCCCAGCUUCUGAUGCCACUGGAUACCAGUUUUCAUGAAUGUACAGUGACAGACUCGAACCCAACAACCUGGGGAAACAAAUACGGAGUAAUACAUUACAGUAAAGUAAACAGGAAAAACGUUGCUGAUACAUUGCAGGGCUUAAUGGGCCAGCAAAAGUGUUGGGCCAUUUUGCUCAAUUAUCCAGAUUUAAAUCUAGUCUAGUCUAGAAUUCUAGAUGACAAGAGUACUGAGGCCCAGGCCCUCCAAUCUUAGUGGGCCUUCAGACCAUAGUCUUUUCAUUUGACAACUGUAUGGCAGUACACGGUUCUUUUUGUAGCAAACCAUAAAGACAAACACAAUAUCUUUUUAAGAUUCUCAAUAAAAUUUGUUGCAAUCCCCCAA